UGUGUGUGUGUGUGUAUGCCUUUGGCCUUUGCCCUUGCAGCGCUGUGUGACAUGCAUCCCAUGCGAGCCCUGUUCCUCAUUCCCAGAAACCCUCCUCCGAGACUCAAGUCCAAGAAAUGGUCUAAGAAGUUCUUCAGCUUCAUCGAGGGCUGCCUGGUGAAGAACUACACUCAGCGGCCGCCCACGGACCAGCUGCUGAAGCACCCCUUCAUCCGGGACCAGCCCAACGAGAGGCAGGUGCGCAUCCAGCUCAAAGACCACAUCGACCGCACGCGCAAGAAGAGAGGGGAGAAGGAUGAGACUGAGUACGAGUACAGUGGCAGUGAGGAGGAAGAGGAGGAUCCUCCUGAAGCAGAGGGAGAGCCCAGCUCGAUUGUUAAUGUGCCGGGGGAGUCGACCCUGCGGAGGGACUUCAUCCGGCUGCAGCAGGAGAACAAGGAGCGCUCAGAGGCGCUGAGACGCCAGCAACUCCUGCAGGAGCAGCAGCUCCGCGAGCAGGAGGAGUACAAGCGCCAACUACUGGCCGAACGGCAGAAGCGCAUCGAGCAGCAGAAGGAGCAGAGGAGACGGCUUGAGGAGCAACAGCGGCGUGAACGGGAGAUGCGGAGGCAGCAGGAACGGGAGCAGAGGAGGCGCGAGCAGGAGGAGAAGAGGCGCAUGGAGGAGAUGGAGAGGAGGCGCAAGGAGGAGGACGACCGCAGGAGAGCCGAAGAGGAGAAGAGGAGGAACGACCGCGAGCAGGUGCGUGCGCCACCACAGGUACGCCACGAGCAGGUGCGUGCGCCACCACAGGAGUAUAUCCGACGUCAGCUGGAGGAAGAGCAGCGGCACCUGGAGAUCCUGCAGCAGCAGCUUCUCCAUGAGCAGGCCAUGCUACUGGAGUUCAAGUGGAAGGAGCUGGAGGAGCAGCGUAAGGCGGAGCGUCUGAAGAGGCAGCUGCGUCAGGAGCAGGCCUACCUGCUCUCCCUCCAGCAGCCGCCAACGCAGCCGCCGCAACCGGGCCACGACUGGACCAGAACUCCCGUCACCCGCCUCAAAGAUGCGCCCCGACCCCCACAGUCCAAUCCCCCAGACGACGCUAGCCUGCCCCCGACCCAGACCCAGACCCAGACUCAGCCCCCUCUGGCCGAGCAGGCCAAAGCAUUAGAGCGACGUCCCUCCUGGGAGCCCUGUCUCCCGCAGAUAGCGCCCCCUGUUGGUGCAGAUGCCCCGCUAGUGGAGCUGUCGGUGGACGAGGCGAUGGGCGAGUCCCCGGGUCACGUUGGCACAGAGCCCAGUCCCACACCGCAGGAGCCGCCAGACAGGGCCGCGAUGCCCCUACAGACCCCACCCGCAGAGCUCAACAGCGCCACCUCCGCCCCCGACGCGGACGGAGAGCAGGACGAUCGCUUCCGAAAGACCGCGCAGGGCUCCCCCCAGACCGCCCCACCCAAGCAGCCCCCUGUCCCGCCUCGCUCCGAGCCCUUCUCAAACGGGAACUCCGAGGCCAUGCACAGGCCUAUGGAACCACAGGUGCAGUGGUCCCAGCUGGCCGCUCUAAAGAGCAACGCCGCUCCCCCUGUCUCUCGCUCGCACUCGUUCAGCGACCCUAUCCCCAGUCUGUCUCACCUCCACCUGCGCUCUCAGGAGCCCCACCACCCUGGCCAGCACCACCAGCAGCACCACCCUGCCCGCACUGACCUCCCGCAGCCCCCCCACGCCCCCCAGCUUCCCCUGGGCCAGGAGGAGGUGCCUCCGAGGGUUCCUGUGCGGACCACGUCCAGAUCUCCAGUGCUGUCACGUAGAGACUCGCCUCACCAGGGCGGCCAGCACCCCAACCAAUCAGUACAGAGGACCACUGGAAGCAGUGCGGAGCCCCGGCUGCUAUGGGAGCGUGUGGAGAAGUUGGCCCCUCGGCCGGGCAGUGGCAGCUCCUCUGGCUCGGCCAGCUCCCAGACCGCUCACAACAGCUCAGGAGACAAGUUCAGAGCACGCUCGUCCUCCAAGUCUGAGGGUUCUCCCAUGCAGCGUCCAGAGCAUGCUGGGAAGAAGACUGAGGAGAAGAAGGACUUCGUCCGACCCACUCGCCCGGCGGGGGAUGUGGACCUGACGGCGCUGGCGAAGGAGCUGCGAGCGGUGGAGGACGUGCGGCCGCCUCACAAGGUGACCGUGACCGACUACUCCUCCUCCAGCGAUGACUCGGCCACCAGCGAGGAGGAGGAGGUCGACCAGGACCCCGGCGACGAGUCGACGUCCGGCACGGAGGACUCCAGGGCUGGGUCCUCCAAGCUCAGUAAUGGUGAGACAGAAUCUGUGAAGACCAUGAUUGUUCACGACGAGACUGAGAGUGACCCUGCCACCACACCCUGCAAAGAUGGCACUUUAAUUGUCCGACAGAGCGCGAGCGAGCUCAAGCGGCUGGCUGCGGCCGCCGGCGCCGGUUCUCCCGGGGCUCCGGGCCUGAGCGGCUCGCCUCACGAGCGCAACGGCUACGCGGGCCGCGCCCACCUCCUGCCCGACCUCCUGCAGCAGAGCCACCACUCCCCCAACUCCUCCUCCAUGGCCUCCAGCUCCCCCUCCUCCUCCAGCCACGCCAGCCUCUCCAUGUCCCCUCUCGCCCCCCUGGAUAAGCUGGCUGCCGGCGAGACCCAGUCGGCCAGUAACACUCUUCAGAAACACAAGUCCUCGUCCUCAUUCACCCCCUUCAUCGACCCGCGCCUGCUCCAGAUCUCGCCCUCCGCUGCCGCCUCGCUCAACAACAUGGUUGGCUUUGUUGGUGACGUCCGACUCCCAGAUCCGUCACGCAAGGGCUCCGUGGUCAACGUCAACCCGGUCAACACUCGCCCUCAGAGCGACACGCCCGAGAUCCGCAAAUACAAGAAGAGGUUCAACUCCGAGAUCCUGUGUGCCGCACUGUGGGGCGUGAACCUGCUGGUGGGCACAGAGUCUGGUCUGAUGCUGUUGGACCGCAGUGGUCAGGGGAAGGUCUACCCCCUCAUCAACCGACGACGCUUCCAGCAGAUGGACGUGCUCGAGGGACUCAACGUCCUCGUAACCAUCUCAGGGAAGAAGAACAAGCUGCGUGUGUACUACCUAUCCUGGCUGAGGAACAAAAUCCUGCAUAAUGACCCAGAGGUGGAGAAGAAGCAGGGUUGGGUCAACGUGGGAGACCUGGAGGGCUGUGUGCAUUACAAAGUUGUGAAAUAUGAACGAAUCAAGUUCUUGGUUCUUGCCUUGAAGAACGCUGUGGAAGUGUAUGCGUGGGCCCCAAAGCCCUACCACAAGUUCAUGGCCUUCAAGUCCUUUGGUGACCUCGUCCACAAGCCCCUGCUGGUUGACCUGACUGUGGAGGAAGGUCAGAGGUUAAAGGUCAUCUAUGGCUCCUACUCUGGCUUCCAUGCCGUUGAUGUGGACUCUGGAGCAGUCUACGACAUCUACCUGCCUACACAUAUCCAGACGAGUAUCCAGUCUCACGCCAUCAUUAUCCUGCCCAACACGGACGGCAUCGAGCUGCUGGUGUGUUAUGAAGACGAGGGCGUCUACGUCAACACCUACGGCCGCAUCACCAAAGACGUGGUGCUACAGUGGGGAGAGAUGCCCACAUCUGUUGCGUACAUCCGCUCCAACCAGAUCAUGGGCUGGGGAGAGAAGGCCAUCGAGAUCCGCUCGGUGGAGACCGGACACCUGGACGGGGUCUUCAUGCACAAGCGUGCCCAGAGACUCAAGUUCCUGUGCGAGCGCAAUGACAAGGUGUUCUUUGCUUCAGUGCGUUCUGGCGGCUCCAGCCAGGUGUACUUCAUGACGCUGGGUCGCAGCAACCUGUUGAGUUGGUAGAGCACCGCCAUCGCCCCAACGGCCCACAAACUGACCUCAACAACCCUGACUACGACCAUAACGAUGACCACGAUUAUGAUGAAGAAUAUUCUAGGACUGGAGCUUUGUGCUUGUGCAUAGCGGCAGGGCUCGGCACCGUUGGAGGCUGACCCUCAUUCAGCCUUUAGAGACAGACAACGGCAUUGUCCAAUCACAGCUCUGACUCUGGCUUCAGGCCCCACCUCUCUUUAAAUCCUGGCCAGUCAGGAGGCUCUUUUUCUAGAUAUGCUAGUAUAUAUACACGCGUCUUUCACUUGGAUUGACAGCUGGUGGCUGGUUUCUGUGUGUCUGAGGUAGAUGAGGGAGGGAGAGGGAGGGGUUAUCGGGCUCUGUAAUCUCCAGUGAGUCCACUCUUACCUGACAGAGCCCAGUCGCGUAUCAUACUGUAUAUUCUCCUACAGGGCUAAAUGUUAUUGUUUUUUUUUUUUUUUUGUUGUUUUGUUUUUUUAACCAGAUAGAAGUGUUUAUUUGAGCCUCUCUGCUGAAAAGCGCUGCCCAUCUUAUAUAUGCGUUGUGGCAGGGCUCCGGGUGAAGAGCGGCACGCCCUCUCCAGUGCCACGCCGCUUGCGGUGUGUGUGAUGCGAGUGGGGACGUAGGACGUGUGAACGAGCGAGCGUGAGGAAGAGGAAGGUUUGGGUGAACGAGUGAGGAAGAGGAAGGUUUGGGUGGAAGGACAAAGGAUGAAGGACAUUUAGGUUCAGUUUUAUUUUAAAGAUGCAUUUUUUUAAGUUGUGAAAGGGAUGAACAGCUGAUCUGGCAUGUACAUUAGCACCCACAGACACCCCCACAGCGAGCACACGCACACACACACACGCACACAUAUAAACACAGCGGAUUUCCAUACUGAGCCAUUGUCUUCACAGAAGGCAUCCAUUUUUUAACUUGCUUGUAUAAUCUGCCAAAUGUAGACUUCAGAACUGCUCUUGAUUUUAGAAAGUUUGUUGUUAAGCAUAAAAAUCUUCAUAAAGGAAACAUAUGCUCUUCUGUCUCCUUCUGUGUGUGUGUUUGUGUGUGUGUGUGUGUGUGUGUGUGUGUGUGUGUUUAUCUAUGUGUGUGUUGGUAAGCAUGCACUUGGCCAAUGAUAUAUCCCUCCACGUAUGUGUGUGUGUGUGCGCACAUCUGGUAUUAUGUGCGAUUGCAGAGACGCAUCUUGACCGUUCACAUAAGACACACUGACUUAAACUCAAACAUUCACAUCUGUUUCUGGGGAAAUCAGGGGUAUCGAAGGGGUCCUUGAAGACAGUAAACCCAAGACCACUACAUCAGCAGAACAACAGUAGCUUGCUAUGAAAGCAUUUUGUGUUUCUUUUUUUUAACUUAUGUAGAUUUUGCUUAAUUAUAGUUUUGUUGUCCUUUCCCAUAACCUUGACCACAAUUUGACUAAGAAGUGUUUGUUUUUUAAAGAAUGCAAGCUAUCUUAUGAAAAUGUUUACAGUAUGUAAACUCCAAUGGUUACACUAAUGUUCUUCAGCAUGAUGGUUCGCAUAGAUACAUUUCCUCCCUCUGCUUAUUAUUAUUAUUAUUUUUUUUUUUUUAAAGCUCAUUUUUUUUGUGUUAUCUUUUUAAAAUUGUUUGUACAGGAGAUAGCCUUUGGCUUCCGUUCACUUUAAACAGGAUGACUGGAUUCUUUGUGUGAAUUUACAGAUUUCUUUUGUUUUGUUUUUUUGCUGGGAUUCCCCAGAUACAGAAACACAUUGCUCAGACUGUUCCUGAGGAAACCGAUGCCAAGCCAGGCGUUUCUACUGCGCUUUGCUAACUUAUGUCCUCUGUGUACCCUGGGAACUCUUGUAUUUUCUUGAAAGUCUUUUCAUUAAAUAAACUAAGUAAUUUACA